AUGCAACGAAAUUUAACACUAUCACGAACCUUUUCUAAUGAUGGUCGUUUUAAUACUACAUUAUUACCGAUUCGACGGAAUCGUCAACCUCGUAGUAUUUUUAAUAGGACAAGAACAGGUUGUGCAACUUCUCGUAAACUUACAGCGAAAACUAGCCGACCUGUAGUACCAAAAAAUGUCGAUAAUACAAUAUCGUCAAAUACUUUGUCUAUUGAUAAUAAACAAAUUCCUCAAGAAUCAAGUAUUUAUAUUUAUUUACAAUAA